CUGAAACUAUGUUCAUCCAAUGCUAAUCAAUCCUCCAGUUUUAUCACCGAUGUCCACAGAGUAGGGGGCCGCUGUGUGCUGAGCAGAUGGGAAAGCGGCGCGCUGCGCGCUCUCGCUACAGCGAUUCUCCAAACUCAAAUGCGGACAUUUUUUUGAGUAUGUGGCUAACUGCCCCCGGCGCCAACGCACUCUGCACCGCGUAAUGUUGUGAAUGAGGGAUACAAUGACGUCAGGGCCGAAUGUCAACAAUGUAGCGAUUGAGAGUAGGCGUUCCAGUCGAGUGUAACAAACAGCGGAGACGGAGCUGCACGCUGAGCUGGAUCAUCAUCACACACACACUGACGUUUGCUGUAGAAAAAUAACAACAGUUUUAUGACCACACACCUUUUUUUUUUAAAGAACGAUACAGCCUGUUAGUGCAACGUAAAAGUAAUCGCCCGGUAGCCGGGGGCUUUAGGAAACGACAAGGAAGUCAUCAUGUGAAAAAAAAUAUUUGGUAAGCGGACAAAAGGGCUGGAUUACAAGAAAAAAGAGAAAGUUAUAAGGGCGUGGGCGGAAUGUCCGUGGAUGAGAAUCCUGGAGCCUCCAUGUAUGUGUAUGAGUCGACGGUUCAUUGUACCAAUAUCCUCCUGUGCCUGAAUGGCCAGCGGAAACAGGAUAUCCUGUGCGAUGUGACCAUCCUGGCGGAGGGCAAGGAAUUCCGUGGGCACAGGGCUGUCCUGGCCGCCUGCAGCGAGUACUUCUUGCAGGUGCUGGUGGGACAGGCGGAGAAUGGGUUGGUCGUUACCCUACCAGAGGAGGUCACUGCCAGAGGAUUCGCCCCAUUGUUGCAGUUUGCCUACACUGCUAAGCUGUUACUCAGCAGAGAAAACAUCCAGGAAGUCAUCCGCUGUGCCCAGUUCCUGCGCAUGCACAACCUGGAAGACUCGUGUUUUCGCUUCCUGGAGGCUCAGCUCCGCAGCGAGGAGGACGGGCUGCUGCUGUGCCGCAAGGGGGCGCCGGACGUCAACCACUCGGAGGACGAGAGCAUGCAGUCGGAGAGCGCCAAGGCCACGUCCCCCAGGCCGCGUCGCCGCGGAGACGCCCUGGCCUCCCUGCGGCGCCCGGAGGAGGAGCGUGUAGCGGCCGACUUCGACAGGCACGGCGCCUCUGACCACCCGCGCUGCCCCAAAUACAGGAAGUACCAGUGGGCCUGCAACAAGCACAAUAACGACACCUCACACACCAGUACCUCAGGUUUCCCAAGCACAUUAAAAGAAGGCGUCGGGGUUGGCAGCGGUGCGGUGCGAGGGCAGAGCGGGCUGCCUGCAGCCCAGAUCAAAGUGGAGCCUCGGGCUGAGGACGAAGCCAUCUCGCUGUGCCUGUCUGGAGACGAGCGGGACAGCCAAGACAAGGACGACGUGACUGCCAUGGAGAUGGACAGCCCUGUGCUGGCCGACCGAGCCAAGAGCAACAAGUCCCCUUCCUGCCUGCGCGCCUUCUUCAAGAAAGGGGGGGACCCGCAGGCCCUGCCUGACACGUCACAGCGGCUGUUUGCUAACAGACUCGCCUGUCCACAAGACAAAGGAACCACUCAGGGAGAUCAUAAAGACUUCAGGCCUUUCUCUGGGGAGCAGGCCCUGCCUGUUCCCUCCCCUAAAGAGGUGGACGGCUUCCCCACCGGGCUGUCCCUCAAGUCCGCCUCCUGCGACGGCGUCUGCAAACAGGAAGUGGAGCUGGACCGCCGGAGCGUCAUCUUCUCCUCAGGGGCUUGUGACCGCCUGGGAACCCCGGCGCAUUCCUACCCCGGAGGGAACUCCCUGGAGGCGGGCCUCUCUGAGCACCCUCCAAAGGGCCUGUGGGCCGGGGCCAGCCAGUCUCUCCCCAGCUCCCAGACCUACUCGCCCAGCACCACCCCGGCCGAGGCCCCCAUCCCCUGCCGGCCCAGGCCCAACACCAGCUGCCCCGUGCCCAUCAAGGUGUGCCCGCGGUCUCCGCCGUCUGAGACGCGGACGCGGACCUCCAGCUCCUGCUCCUCCUACUCGUACGCGGAGGACGGGAGCGGGGGCUCGCCCUGCAGCCUGCCCCAGUUCGAGUUCUCCUCCUCGCCGAGCUCCAACGUGACGCGCUGCAUCACCGCCGACCCGCCGGAGCCCGGCGUGGGGGGCGACACCCUCUUCAGCCAGGCGCGCCCCAAGAUCAAGUGCGAGCAGUCGUACGGCACCAACUCCAGCGACGAGUCCGGGUCCUUCUCCGAGGGAGACAGCGAGUCCUGUCAUGUGCAGGAGCAGGGCCCAGAGGUGAAGCUCCCUUUCCCUGUAGAUCAAAUCACAAAUCUUCCACGGAACGACUUCCAAAUGAUGGUAAAAAUGCACAAACUGACCUCUGAGCAGCUGGAAUUCAUCCACGACGUCCGGCGUCGAAGUAAGAACCGCAUUGCCGCCCAGCGCUGCCGCAAGAGGAAGCUCGACUGCAUCCUCAACCUGGAGGUCGAGAUUCGAAAACUUGUCUGUGAGAAGGAGAAGCUGCUGACAGAGAGGAACCAGUUGAAGGCGUGUAUGGGCGAGCUGUGGGAGAACUUCUCCUGCCUGUCCCAGGAGGUGUGCAGAGACGUGCAGCUGAGCCCAGAACAGGUGCAGUCGCUGCACCACUACUGCCCUGUCCUGCGGCCCGGCAACACCACAACCAACAACAACGCCUCCCACUCGCCAGCCGCCACCAGCAUCGACCUCACAACCCACUCGGGCGCCGCCACCCCGGAACCCAGCUUCCAGAAGUCUCCGGGCCCCUCAGAGAGCGAGGCAGACUUGGCCAUGGGGAACGGUGCGGAUGGGCCGGGAACUGACGUGGAGGGCCAGGAGCCAGGCCAGCUCACGGAGUCAGGCCUCUCUUUCGAACAGUCCAAUCAGACGGUCACGGUAGACUUCUGCCAGGAAAUGACAGAUAAAUGUACGACCGACGAACAGCCGAGAAAGGACUGCUCUUAGUAUCUUUCGGUUUGUUUUUAUUUUUUAUUAUUUAAUUCUAGUCGUAUUCUUCUGACAAACCCUCUCUCGGGUUGUUGAGACGGUCAGCCUCUGCCAGUGUUCUUUGAACGCAAAUUUUUGUUUGUAUUUAUGUGUUUUGUUGUCUUUUGAAAAGUCGACACUACAGUUGUCUUAACAGCAGCAAUACUGUUCUCCAGGUAUUCUCCUUAUACCAAGACAGAGUGGGACCGUCUAACCAAUCACGUCAGUUCAAUGGUGCUACUCUCGCCCUGGCAGCAACCUCCACAGUGGCAACACGGUCUCUUCAUGUAUUUCAGUCUCCCCACAACAGGGAUGGGCUAAGAUCACACAUCAAUAUCAAACCUCAAUGGACCUAACUGCAACUCUCUAAUUGUCUUCUGUCUCUCUGUCUACUUUUGAUAUCUUAACCUCAAUCUUUCUCUUUGUUUUUCUCUCUCUCUUUUUCUGUCUUUUUCACUCAUAGACUCAUAAAUACACACCAACGUUCUGUCCCACUUCGUCUGUUUUCUAUUUCUACCUCUCCUCUCUCUCUAACUCUCUCUCCCUCUUUCUCUCCCUCUCUCUCACUCUUUCUCUCUCUCCCUCUCUCUAACUCUCUCUCACACUUUCUCUCCCUCUCUCUAACUCGCUCUUGGUGGCCCUUGUCACAGCAAUUCAAACUCAGGAAAUCUUCUGAAUGUUCAACUUGAUUCAUGAGAAUGAGAAUACAGCGUAUGUACAUGAGAGAUUUAUGAAGCAGACAGACUGUACAUGUUCAUAUGCAAAAAUGUCUUCUGUGUCUUUCGUUUGUGUCUCUGUACAGCAGACUUUGUGUACACACAGUACCUAAACAUUCCUCCUUUGCCUUCCUCAGCACUGAAAGAAAGAGAAGAAGAAAUAUUUCCCAGGUGGUUAAAUAGCUAUGUUCCCACAGGUCAGCAAUACCAUUGUAUUUGGAUGUUGUAAUGGUAAUUUUCAAGUGCUUGCUUGGCAGAAUUAUAAUGUACAUAGUUUGGCGCAUGGUGACUGUCGCAGUAAUAUUGUAAGGUUGUUUCUUUUUCACUGGGCUUGUAUCAUGCACCUUUUUGCUAAGGGAAACAUUUGCUUUGCUGUUUCCUGUCUAAAGGAAAAUUCCCCAUAAGGGUGGGUGUUCUUCAACUCAGGAAAUCAGCUUAAUACACACCACACACACACACGCACAGACACACAGCCACGUGCAUUGAAAACACACACACAUUCAUUUUAGAGCCCCUUGCGUGAAAAUGCUAUGUUUAUGAUGAGGGCAGUGUAAGGAACGUGGCUGGUGGCUCAAGCCACGUCCACUCAAACUUUGACACCUCUUUAAAUGUGAAAAGAGUCUCAGCUUGUGUUUUUGAAAAGAAAAACAGAAAGAAAAGGACAAAAAAAAAAAAUAUUGAAAGAUGCUACAAGCCUGAUGGUGAAACUCCCUAUGAACCCCCUAUGAAUUUCUCCAGUGUUGUGUUUUCAAGUCAGGGAGUGUGGACACCUUCUCAAGCUAUGGGUCAUUAAUUCAGCUAGUUUCUUUGACUAAAGAAAGAAAGGAAAAUGGAUUUAUUUGACUACAGAGAUGCUUUCUCCUAAUAAUUUGACUCGGUUCUGGCACUUCGUUUGCAGCCCCAGGCUCAGCUGGUUGGCUCUUCAUUUAGAGACUCUAUCAGAACCAAGGGAGUGUGAUCAUGGAGCACUUAAAUUGGCACUUAAAUAAACAUCCUUAAAUAUGUGUAUGUUGACACACAAUAAAUAUCUCGAUGAAGAAUGCUAAUAAAAUACACAGGUCUAUUAACAAAGAAAGGAGGUGAAUGUUAUACUAUGAGUGUUCACAUCUUAUAUUUCUAUUUCUUUAAAAAUGGAAUAAGCUGAUUCAAAAUUCAGUUCAUGUGAAAGCAGUGUAUUGUUGUUAAACUGAUGGCAAUAGUCAGAAAUAGCAACUUUUGCUCUAAGUGUACAUUUGUUGAAAACAUCCUUCUGUGAUGUGCUUGCAUGUUGCCUGUAUAACUUACAUAGUUAUUCUGUCUAGCUUAUGUUUGCCUCUAUAGUCCUCAGCAAAACAAUAUUGUUUUUUGAUGAACAAUAUUUGCAUUUUCUUGUUAAAAACAAAUCCUUGAUCUUACCUGUUCAUUUGAGAUACUUAAAAGUAAUACUUAGAAAAAGCAGAGCCAUAAUUUAUGAUGCGGUGUGAAGUACAUAAAAAUAUAAAGCUUUAUUUAUAAUACUUUCAGGUUGAAGACAAAUUAAAUUCAAACUGUGGAAAGACUUAACAUUGGAUGACAUGGAUAGACCCUUUUAGAAUUAAUGUCCCCAACUUUUAUCAGCUAAAAGGCUUUCCUAAAAGCUUGUCGUGAUGAAAUUCUGAUACUCAAGAUCAGUGAUGAGACUAGAGCUGUUUAGGUUGGGUUGCUUUAGUGUGUCUUUGAUUCAGUGUGUUUGCUAGUCCGAUUAUUUUACAAGUUUCCAUAAGAUUUUAAUAAGAUUAAACUAGGUUCUCACACGUCAACACACAGACACACACAAUACUUGACCAGUAAUGUGUGAGUGUUAGUGUUGCGAUGACCUUUUGUAAUUCGUUUUUGUGAGGUAAUUUUUUCACUCCAGUCUUUUCUCAUUCAUAUGCUAGUAGGAAAGGGGAACAGUAUUUACCACCCUAAACGUUUUAUCAGGUAAAACAGGAAACUAAAGAUGAAUGGGCUGAACAGGACAUAUGCAAUUCCUAAACUAUUGAUGGAUUUUUACUUACUUGUUUUUGAAGUAAUGUGGGAAGCAUGAGGUUCCACAGAAAAAGCACACUCCUAUUAAGGCUUCAGUUGAUAAAUAUCUUUCUGACGACAGGGGGAAAUGUAUUUAGAUUCAUGAAGUUUAUCAUCCUCCAUCAAAGCUAUAAUAUUAGGUAUCACUUGAUAUCUGUUUUUAAUGUCCUUAUAAUGCUACUAUAAAUUACUAUUGAUGUUGUUCUUUGGAUAGCAAUGAGUGCAUAGCUUAUUUCUGGUUUGUAGGCCUACAGUAUGUAACAUUUCGAAUUCUUCCUAAUUGUUUUGUUAUACCUAAAGAGACCCUAAAUUCAUAUAGGUGACACAGAAGAAGGUUUGGUGUGCAAGCUCACCCUCAUAUUGGGAAACAGUCAAGAACAGAUCUAUCAGCCUUUUAUCCUGAGAGUGCUCCAGUACGCCUGCUUCACGAGCAGUUGAACGUAGCAGUCACCUCCAUGAUCACCCGAUGCAUUUCAGGCCAUGUAACCUUCUGUUAGCAUCUCAAGUUGUCAGGUUUAAGUGAUUGAGGCUGUCGUUUUGGCAGUUGCUCUUGUAUAUUGUGUCAGGGUGCCAAGCAUUUAACCAGUUAAGGAGUAGCGUCACACAUGUGAUUCUGAACAUUCCAACCGACUAUUUUCCGAUAGACAAAAACUAUAUGACAAACGCUAUAAUAUGGCUUCAAAAUUUACAAUUAGGAGGCUAACAAGUAACACUAGCAGGUAGUAGCAUUGGUACGAGUAUUAUGCUAGGUUGCUAGGUAACGGAAGCUAACUAAAACUAGCUAGCUUCCGUUUUGGAAAAAUAACUCACUCCUUUUAAAUCCUUAACCUGAAUCUGGCUUUUUGUGCUUUCAGCUCAUUUGCUUCCUUGUUUGCUCUUCUGUUCUGUUUACUUUGUGUCUGAAAAUAUAGCCCUAUGUCCCACAAUAUGAUUUUAAAUCACCUAAACUGAUGUUUACUGUUGUGAACACGAAUACGCUUUCCAAAAUAUAGAUCAAGGCCAGCAAUAGAGAGUUAUACAGUUAAAUGAUUUUGAGGGUAAUGAAUUGGAAAUAUUGUUUUGGGAGUAACCAGACAAUAGUAAUUAGCUCUUUUUGUCUCUGUAAGUUUUUCUUAGUUUAACACACAAAGGCCAAGUCAUGUAAUCUGAAUCUGUCAACUAUGGGCUUUGGACAUUGUGAUUAAUGGGGUUAUGCUAAAUAAUGGUUUUGCAAGGCUUUUGCUGCAAAAUUAUGAGAAAUAACCCUCUUUUUAAUGCUUUUGUUUAGUAUUUUUGUCUUUUUGAUACUUUUUGUUGCUGCUUCUCUGAAUCAAACACUGGCUCAUCAACUCCAAAGGUUGUUCUUUGAAAAUAUGAACAAAACUUGCCUUUUUCACAUUGCUCAACUUUAUAAUAUAAUGCUAUCCUGAUUGAAUGCACAGUCUGAGAUCAUUAUAAGAGUAAAAAAAAAGAAAAAAAAAAAAUACUAAA